CCAUACCUAACCAUUCUAACCAGAUAUCGUAUAAAUACGCCGAGAGGGAAAGUGAUGUUCGUCAUACUGUUUCACUUCUUCACGAUCACUCGUCUUGCAAUCGUUUACAUCUCGAGUAAUCUGAUCGGAAAAAUGAAUCGUCGCAGCGGCAGGCAGCUAGUCAACAACGAUCGAAAUCCCCAUGAAAAAACAAACCAGGACAAGAGGGUGCAGAGUCACGUGCCGGAGAAUGAGGCGAUGAAAAUCAACGAAACUGUGGAGAAAAAACCACGCCAGGAGGAGGAUACUACGGACAACUCCGAGGACUCGCUCAGAAUGGUACCCGAUAGCCCGUAUUACAGAGAGAAAUCGGACUCGUCGAGCCAAAGGGGGCAGAGUCACGUGCCGAAGGAUGAGGCGAUGAAAAUCAACGAAACUGUGGAGAAAAAACCGUGCGAGGAGGAGGAUACUACGGACAACUCCAAGGACGCGCCCAAAUUGGUACCCGAUAGCCCGCAUUACAGCGAGAAAUCGGGCCCGUCGAGACAAAAUCUACCAAUCCAGGUUUACCACUGCGGUCCCCGUGUGGCGAGACCACGCACGAGGCCACAGUCGAGGAGAGGCGUUGCGGAUAAUAUGGUCGACACUUUUGCGCUUAACGAUGCAUACGCAACGAAUGCGAACGAAUAUGGCAACAGCUCGGAACAGUUCAUCAUAGAGUGUCCCACACCGAGAGAUUCGCCAGUGUACAACAUGAACUUACAGAAGCGUGGCAAAUGCGUGAUAUUCAACCAAAAACUGUUCGAAGAGGGUAACGGCGAACCACGAAUAGGUACCGAGCACGACGUCAACGCGAUCUCCUCCACUUUUGGGGCACUUGGCUUCGAGAUAGAGGUGCACACAGAUCUCUAUUGGUACGAGGUCAACGAUGAGAUCGAUAAGUUAAGUCAAGACAACCACAAAGAUUGUGACUGCAUCUGUAUCUUCAUACUGACCCACGGUGAAAGAGGAGGAAGAUUGUAUGCCAAAGACGCGUCCUAUCCGUUCUUAGCUAUCUGGAGGCCUUUCACAGCAGACAAUUGCCCCUCGUUGUUUGGUAAACCGAAGUUGUUCUUCAUACAGGCUUGCAAGGGUGGCAGGUAUGACAAUCCUGUGCAAGGAAGAAGCGCGAUAGAUCACUCUGGCGAUUCGGAUUAUGCGAUUCCCUCGCAGGCAGACUUCCUGUUCGGCUACAGUGCCAUGGAAGAUUUCUACGCGGUUCGUGACGAAGGGAAAGGCUCAUGGUACAUUCAGGCUCUGUGCGAUGUAAUCAAAGAACACUGGCAGAGCCACGAUCUCGUGAGAAUGUUAACGAUCACGUCACGCAAGGUCGCCAUCGAGAAAGAAACCGUGGAAUCUAAGUACUGGUCAAGCGGCAUGAAACAAAUGCCCAACAUGUCGUCGACACUUACCAGAGAUAUUUAUUUCACACCAAAGGCCAAGUAAUUUUUCGAAAUUCUAAAUCUCUGAAAAAAAGAAAUCUAUCUGUUAACAAUAAUUGGAAAAAAUUCCAAGAAAAAAGAGUACAAACCAGUCAUAUCCGCUUUAUACGAACGCUUCAUCCGCUAAACCGCGAUACGCGAAGCCGCAGUGAAAGAAAAAAACAACGUAUCUUAUCGUUCGAGGCCACGAUAGUGUUCGUUAUAUAUUGUAAUUACUAAAAAAUUUUGCUUCAAGUUGCACGAAAUCAAAAGACAACGAAGAAAAGAGAAGGACGAACGAAAAUUAGUGAGAAUUAGAAAGGUACACUCUUGGCUCUAUGCGUAUAAAAUCUGAACCGAAAAAUGUCAAAUUCUUUCAUUUCAUGUUGAAAAAAAUUCUCUUUUCGACAUUUUCACCGAACACGACCGUUUGGAGGUAACACGAAACAAAGGUAAAGUUGAUUAUGUGCAGGAUUUUUGUUCAAUUUUUUAUAAAAAAAAUAGACUGCAAGAAAUAGAAUAAAAUUUGCACACUUCGUGGCUCGAUGCGGUGGCACUUUUCAAUGUCGAAUACUAACGCGUGGUAUUCAAACGGUUAACCCUUUCGCUACGGCAAAUUUUAGUACAUAACGUGCGUGGCAGAUUCAGAUGUUCCAAAACGGCCGCAAAAUUCUCUUUCUUGACCGUAUCGUUUAAAAAUUUCUUUUAUUAAAUUAAUGUGGAAGAGUGCAGGGGACAAAAUUAAUGGAAGUGCGCCAAAAGGCUCCAAUAACACAGGAAAUGGUUAAAGCAGCGGCACCGAUUCUAUUCGUCGUUUGAUCCUGUAUCGAUUCCACCGGCUGUACGCCGCGAGAAUACGCGCGUGCAUCGUGAGAAGAUGCGACUGAUGGGGGGUAGUGGCUGUGAACGCGUGGAGGGGGAAGCGGCCUUGAGCGACUGACUGAUUUCGCGCAGGCUCUAGCCU